AUGCCCCCUCCACCGACAGAUAUUUCUACUGCCAUUUGGCGCCUCUACCAGCAGAACCAAGCAUCUCAGCACCAUGGGGCGCAGAAUCGACGGCUCGGUUUCAGAUGGUUGAAACCAAGGAUAUCGAUAAUGGCUAUUUCCCGCCUGUAUAUGCGCUGUAUCAAGCGAAACAGCGUAGACGACAAGCAAAAGGUGCCCAGACCGCUUCGCCCUGUGCCCGCAACUCAAAGGCAGUUAUUCGCCCUGGUAAUAGGAAUCGACAAUUACUCGAACCUCGAAAAGCUGUCCGGUGCAUGCGAAGAUGCGGAUGCAUUCGCCGCAUAUUUGCAAACCGUUCUUAGGGUCUCCCCCAACAACAUCAAUAGACUGAGAAACGAACAGGCCAAUCACUCUGGCAUCGUCAACGGUCUUACGUUUUUAGCCUCAAAUGAACGAAUCAAACCGGGUGACCCAAUCGUGAUAUACUUUGCAGGGUUCGUGGACAACCGACAAGACAACCAGUUACCGGCCUUUGUCCCUCAGAACUGGAGCAAUGCGAGGCAACAGGCUGUCACCUCGAUUCCCUCGCACGACCUUCUAGCAUUUGCGGCAGAGAUCAAGAAAACGAAGUCCAGCAGCGUGACAUUCAUCGUCGACGGCAAGGAUCUUGUAUCCAGCUCGAGAGGAAGCAAAGCCUCGAGGUCUCGAAAGUCCAGCGCAGGUACUGCAUCAAGUGGUGAAUCCCCUUCGAUUAUCGCUGCGUGUUCGAACGGGGAGGUCGCCAGGGAAGACGGAAAGCGAGGCAGGUUCACCACUGCGUUUCUCAAGAUGCUGAGCAGGAAUGGAACCACGCCAAUUUCCUGGCAUAGAUUCAUCCAUGGGAUUGCUCAAAUCGUCGGCCAGAAUCCCUGCACCUCCCAUACGGAAACCGACCGGUAUCUCUUCGACUUGGUCGCAAACCCGACAAAUUCCGACAGAUUUUCAGUAGCUUACAACGGGGAUAAGCUCACCGUUCAAGUUGGUUCAGUCGCAGGGGUUACAGUUGGCUCCCGAUUUGCUAUACACCAGGGUACUGGGUCUGAUGUCAACCGUCCUCUGAUGACCUGCGUCGCGGAAGAGGUCGCUCCGUUUGAAUCCGUUUUGCGGCCUGAAGGCACGGGCCCAGUCUCCUCCCUCACCAGAUCCUCCUUCGCUAUCCUCGUCGAGAAGGGACUCCCACACGACCUCGUCAUCUGGGUUCCGUCCGAGGAUCAGUUCCGACCACUCCAUGAAGCUCUCCACACUACACUCAUUCAACCAAGCCCAGGCUCCUACCGACUCCUCCCAACAGAUAAUCUUUUGAUCGCAGAUUUGCAGCUUCUCCCGGGACCAAACAACGAGAAGACGCUGCGGCUCAACGUUUUAGACGAACGUGUGACUGUCCAUGGCUACAGUACAUCGCCGUUCACCUUAGAGUUGGAGUCAGACUCCAUCUCCCGUCUCCUCCACAAGGCUGCCCACUUCUACCGCCAUCUCAACCGAUCCUACCUCAACCACACCAUCGGGGAUAAACUCACUGUCAAGCUCUUCCGACUGGAAGAAUCGGACACCCAGUUCGACGACGAUGGAUACGGGGUGCUGUAUCCCGUCGGAGACAACCUCUUCAAAGGAGGUGUUGCACAGUUGAAAGUGAAGGCUGAAUCGGACGGAACUGAUUCCCCGGAUAUGUACGGGUUCCAAGUCCUCAACCAUACCGGCUUCGACCUCUAUGCGACCGUUUUCUACUUUGACUGUAGUGAGCUCAGCAUCUCCCAAUAUUACCCCAAGCCUGGUGGUGGAGAAGUCAUUACCAAGGAGGGAGGGGUCAUGGCCAUCGGAUACAACGCCACCGGGGCCUCCCCCUUCACGUAUUUCCUUCGAGACGGACAAGAUCUAGACGUCGGGUUCCUGAAAGUGCUGUUUGCCACGGAGCCCGUGGAACUUGAGGGUAUCGCUCAAGCAUCAGCCUUUGAGGCAGACGAAGGUGAAGUCUUUCCAAGAGCAAAGGAGAUCCAGGGGGUAUGGGGCAGCCAACUGUACACCAUCGUUCAACGACGCGCCAAGGAAGGGUGUGAGUAG